AUGGCCCUGUCUGUCAGCCUGUGGUUGUGUCUCUACCUGCCGCUGCUGUUUUCUGACGCUAAGACCGUCUGGGAACACGGCGGUCAGCACGACGCCCGUGACAAACCCUCAUCCCGUGUCAAACUGGAACCCCUCUGGAUCACCAAACAGCUCAGGACCUCAGAUGACAUCCCCAACCAGAGCCUCCCCAUUCCUGAGAUGCUGGAUCUGGACCUGGACCAGCACCGCCGCCUGGCCCGUGGCGCAGACGAGGAGGAGCAACAGUCCACCUUCAGCCAGUCCUUUGAGAAUGACUCAGUGACAGCGCCGCAUCCCACCGACUUCAACAAUGGAACAAAAUUCAUUGCAGGUGAUGAUAAUAAUGUCAGUCUCCAUGGAAACGCCUCCAGCUCUGACCAUGAUGUCCCAGGACUCUUCAACCCCUUCUACCCGCUGGCGGACAGUUCGUACGCUGCCUACGCAGUCCUGUUCCUGGCAGGCCUGGUGCUGGCGGUGGGCGUGGUGGGCAACAUGGCUGUCAUGUGUAUCGUGUGGAACAACUACUACAUGAGGUCUGCAUGGAACUACCUGCUGGCCAGCAUGGCAUUCUGGGACUUCCUGGUCCUGGUGCUCUGCCUUCCUGUGGUGGUCCUCAACCAGCUCUCCCACAGGAGAAUCCUGGGUGACAUCACCUGCCGCAUGGUGCCUUAUAUGGAGGCCGUGUCUCUGGGCAUCACCUCCUUCACUCUGUGCGCUCUGGGUAUCGAUCGUUUCCACGCCGCCACCUCCUCGUCCCAGCCGAAGACACGGCGGGUGGAGCGCUGCCGCUCCGUGCUGCUGAAGCUGCUGCUGGUGUGGCUCGCCGCUCUGCUGCUGUCCAGCCCUGAGAUCUUCCUGUGGCAGCUGAGCCAGGCCGUGUCCCCGUCCACCGGCCGGCUGGUCGACUCCUGCACCAUCACCCCCUCCUCCCCUCUGUCCCUCUACCUGCCCGACUCCCUCCACUCUCUGCUGCUCAGGUAUCACCAGGGUCGUAUGUGGUGGUGUUUUGGCUGCUACUUCUGCCUCCCCGUCCUCUUCACCCUCCUCUGCCAGAUGGCCACCCGCAACGUCAACAGCGACUCCAGCUCUGCCCAAAAGCAGCGUAACCUCGACGACCGUUCCUCCAAUCAGAAGCGGCAGCAGCACCAGGCGGUGGAGCGGCAGCUGAACUGCACACUGUUAGCUUUGGCUGUGGUUUACGGCGUGUGCGCUCUGCCCGAACACGUGUGCAACAUCACGCUGGCCUACACACACAUCACCGUCUCUGAGGACACGGCCGCCAUGCUGGCGCUGUUGCAUCACUUCCUGUUGUUCUUCAAGUCGUCUGUGACGCCUGUGCUGCUGCUGUGUCUGUGUAAGGCUCUCGGCCAGGCCUUCAUGGACUGCUGCUGCUGCUGCUGUCAGGAAUGUCAGCCAACUGCAGCUCAAGGCUCUCCAAGCUCCGCCCAGCUCAAACUGAAGGCAGCCAAUGAGACGUCCAUCUUCUUCGACAAGGCUAAAGACACGUCGGCCAUCUUGUCCAUCUCCAGCUAGAGCCACAUGUUCGUCUUCAACCAUCAUUCCCUCCAUCAGUCAGUCC